AUGUAGAAGUCACGUGACUGCUAACAAAAUGGCGAAUAAAGAAAUUUUCUGUCAACAAUUGACACAUUUUGAUAAAUUUCGUCAUAAUUGUGUUUUCUCAGGAACACUAGCAUGCCCGAUUGUCAUCAAAUUUUGUGAUGCCUCAGCAAAAGGAAAAAGCUUUUCUGAAGCCACCGUGGACAUUUCAGCCAACGAAGGUUUUCCAUUAUUUUGCUGUCAGCUUGCUGGUAUAGGAAAAUUGCUUUCUUACCUUGAAGGAAAUCUCGAAAAAAGUGCCGAAAUUAAAAGAUUAGAGAAAUUCUUCGCAGACAAACAACACACAGAGUGUCUUCUUUCAUUGGAUAAAAGCAAUGAAUAUAAUGAAUAUAAUAUUCAAGUCAUUCUUGCUGCUCAUCUGUUUGGACCGUUGGCUGGUAGUUUUGAGAUUGGAAGCAAAGGCUUCUCAAAAGAUGCAAAAAAAUGCCCUAAGUGUGGAAUUGAUAUUAGUGAAAAUCUAAAGAAUACAUCACUUGGUAAUGGAAAUGUGUGGCACGGGUAUGCUGACAUCCUUGUUAAAAGAUGUGUAGUCAAGAUAGGAACAGAAGACAAUAAUGAGGAUGGAAGUGGUGAACCACCAAAAAAGAAAAUGAAAACUGAAGGCAAUGAAGAUGAUGACAGUUCAAGUUCAGAUGAAGAUGAAGGAAAAAAGGAUGCAUUUACUUGUAAUGCCAUGUCACAGAUAUUGUCACAAACAAUUGUUAAUGCAUUUGCAGAAGUGAACAAGAAUUCAGAUUUAUCCAGUUCCUUUUUACCAUCUUUUAUUGCGUUAUCUAGAGCUAUUAAAAUAAUUAUGUAUAACUGUGGAUUAGAUAGUAAUGGAAAUGUGUGGCACGGGUAUGCUGACAUCCUUGUUAAAAGAUGUGUAGUCAAGAUAGGAACAGAAGACAAUAAUGAGGAUGGAAGUGGUGAACCACCAACAAAGAAAAUGAAAACUGAAGGCAAUGAAGAUGAUGACAGUUCAAGUUCAGAUAAAGAUGAAGGAAAAAAGGAUGCAUUUACUUGUAAUGCCAUGUCACAGAUAUUGUCACAAACAAUUGUUAAUGUAUUUGCAGAAGUGAACAAGAAUUCAGAUUUAUCCAGUUCCUUUUUACCAUCUUUUAUUGCGUCAUCUAGAGCUAUUAAAAUAAUUAUGUAUAACUGUGGAUUAGAUAGUCUGAUAAUGUCAGAUAAUUUAGGUAUCUUCAUACAUGAUGAAGAAGUCAACACCAUCUUAAAUGUUACAACUAUUUUGAGUGUAUGGUAUGCCUUGAAUUUUGAAAGUGAUAUUGAUAAAAACAACAAACUCUUGCUUUACGAGUCAAAUUUCAAGGAACAGGCAGGGAAUAAGCUUGAUAUAUAUAACAAAGAGUGCACCAAACCUAUGACAGAAGCAGCAAAAGAUAAUGAUGUUGAAUUUGUUAUAUCAGUGGAAUAUACUUCAGAUUCUGUACUUCCUGUAAUUGAAAGAUAUCGUUCAUUAUUAAAUCAUGACUCAUAAAGCAAGUUUAGGGGACAGUUGGCAACACUAGAAUUGUUGUCAAAAUGUUUUUUUUACAGGUAAAGUUCUAAUGUAGGUUAUCCUGGAUUAAAAACUAGGUCAGUAGAUCAAAUGAUGGAAAACCUUG